CUGGCUGGCUCUAACCAUUCAGUGAGGCUCUGUCUCAUCUCUUCAUUGUAAGAACUAAUGUGGCUCAGCCACAGCAAAGAGGCUGAGCUUUGAUAUUCUCUUUUCCCAUACUUCCACCGAAGACUGGAAGACAGAUUACUUGCAGUGAUUUCUAGAGGCAGAAGGGGCGACCUGGACCAAUUGGAUUUCAAGGUCCCACAGGUCCUGAAGGCUUUGCUGGCCCUACUGGUUUAUCAGGAUUGAAAGGGGAAAAGGGCUCCCCAGGCCCUCUGGGACCAUAUGGACCAAAAGGAGAUAAGGGUCCCAUGGGAGUUCCUGGCUUUCUUGGCAUCAAUGGGAUUCCGGGCCACCCUGGACAGCCAGGCCCCAGAGGUCCACCUGGCCUAGAUGGCUGUAAUGGAACUAGAGGAGCUGUUGGAUUUCCAGGCCCUGAUGGCUAUCCUGGGAUUCUUGGACCACCUGGGCUCCCUGGUCAGAAAGGCUCAAAAGGGGAACCUAUUCCUUCUCCAGGGAGUUUCGCAGGAAUGAAGGGGGAUCCUGGAUUACCUGGACUGGAUGGAAUCCCUGGCCCACGUGGACCACCUGGAUCUCCUGGAGAUUCAGGAUCCAAAGGACCACCAGGAUUACAAGGUCCUCCAGGCCCCCCUGGUUUCCCUGGUCCUGAUGGAAAUAUGGGGUUAGGUUUCCAAGGAGAGAAAGGAGUCAAGGGGGAUGUUGGCCUCCCUGGCCCCGCAGGACCACCACCAUCUACUGGGGAACUAGAAUUCAUGGGAUUCCCCAAAGGGAAGAAAGGCUCCAAGGGUGAACCAGGGCCUCCAGGAUUCCCAGGCAUGAGUGGCCCUCCAGGGUUCCCGGAACUUGGAUCUAUUGGUGAAAAGGGAGAAAAGGGAAUCCCUGGUUUGCCAGGACCUAGGGGUCCUAUUGGUUUAGAAGGAGUCCCAGGCCCUCCAGGGACACAGGGCAUGAUGGGGCCUCCAGGUUUUCCUGGGCUGAAUGGAUUUCCAGGAGUUAAGGGUGAAAAGGGUGGCAUUGGCCUGCCAGGCCCAGACAUCGAUGAAGGUGGUGCUGUGAUCUCAGGUUAUCCUGGGGACCCCGGUAUACCAGGCCUCCCAGGCCUUAAAGGAGAUGAAGGCAUCCAGGGCCAGCGUGGCCCUUCUGGCCCCCCUGGUCUCCCAGCCUUAACAGGCAUACCAGGUGCCCUAGGACCUCAGGGAUUUCCAGGCCUGAAAGGAGACCAAGGAAACCCAGGCCCCACCACAGUUGGCCUUCCUGGAAGAAUUGGUUUCCCAGGCCUACCAGGCCCACCAGGCCCACCAGGCCCACCUGGUUCACCAUUUAAGACUGGAACCUUAUAUGGCCUAGAACCGGGAUUCCCUGGUCUCCGAGGAGAACGAGGUCCAAAAGGAAGCCCAGGUUUCAAAGGAGUAAAAGGGGACUCAGGAUUUUGUGCUUGUGAUGGUGGUGUCCCCAAUACUGGCCCACCCGGAGAACCAGGUCUGCCUGGGCCACAAGGUCUCAUGGGCCUUCCAGGCCUUAAAGGAACCAGAGGAGAUCCAGGCUCAGUGGGCACACAAGGCCCAGCAGGGGCUCCAGGAUUGUUUGGGCCUCCAGGUCUUGUAGGCCCCAAAGGAAAGAAGGGUGAACCAACUCUCAGUACAGGAUCUGGCAUGCCAGGGGAGAAAGGUGAUCCUGGCCCCCAAGGGUUCCCUGGUCUAACAGGAGCCCCAGGCAAGAAUGGAGUACCAGGUUUACCAGGUCUGCCAGGCCUUCGGGGUGAUGGUGGACAGGGCUUCCCAGGUGAAAAGGGGUUCCCAGGACUUCCUGGUGAAAAAGGCCAUCAUGGUCCAACUGGCCCUCCAGGACUUGGGCUACCAGGACUUCCUGGACCCCAUGGGCUUCCUGGAGAUAAAGGAAUAGAUGGAUUGCCAGGGCAAAAAGGCCUCCGAGGACCUCCAGGAAUUACCUUGCCUUGUAUUAUUCCUGGAUCAUACGGUCCAUCAGGAUUCCCAGGAGCUCCCGGAUUCCCAGGCCCUAAAGGGGCCCGUGGCCUCCCUGGGACUGCAGGUCAGCCUGGAUCUCGUGGAAAAAAAGGAGAGCCUGGAAAUCCAGGAUUAGUUCACCUCCCUGAAUUGCCAGGAUUUCCUGGAUCUCGUGGAGAGAAGGGCUUGCCUGGAUUUCCUGGGAUUCCUGGAAAAGAUGGCUUGCCUGGGAAGGCUGGAAGUCCAGGUUUACCAGGUUCCAAGGGAGCCCCUGGUGACGUCUUUGGUGCUGAAAAUGGUGUUCCAGGGGAGCAAGGCCUACAAGGAUUGCCAGGGGACAGAGGAUUUCUUGGAGACUCUGGCCUUCCAGGACCCAAGGGUUUGCAUGGAAAGUCUGGCCUGCUAGGCCCCAAAGGUGAGCGGGGCAGCCCUGGAACACCAGGACAAGUGGGAAAGCCAGGCCCCCCAGGGUCUGUUGGUUCAUAUGGCAUCAAGGGCAAAUCUGGAGUCCCAGGAGCACCAGGUCUUCCAGGAACUUCAGGACAUCCUGGAAAGAAAGGUCAAAAAGGCGAGAAAGGUUACUCUGGAUCAACUAGAAAAAGAGGUUUACCUGGGAUAAAAGGCCUUCCUGGAUCUCCGGGGCUAACUGGCUUCUUGGGGAGCCCAGGUUUGCCAGGAGUCACUGGAUUGCCAGGCCUCCCAGGCCCAAAGGGUGAGAAGGGGUCCACUGGACUGGUAGGUUUUCCGGGCAUUCCGGGUCUCCCUGGUAUUCCUGGUGCAAGUGGAUUAAAGGGGAUUCCUGGGUCAGCCGGAAAAGUGGGAACAUCUGGACAGGCUGGGAUUCCUGGUGAAAAAGGAGACAGAGGUGAUCCGGGUCCAGUUGGAGUACCCAGUCCAAGACCUCCAAUGCUGAACCUAUGGUUCAAAGGAGACAAAGGCUCUCAGGGCUCAGCUGGAUCAAAUGGAUUUCCUGGGCCCAGAGGUGACAAAGGUGAGGCUGGCCGUCCAGGGUCACCAGGCCUGCCUGGAGCUCCUGGUUUCCCCAGCACUAUCAAAGGACUUACUGGGAUGCCAGGCCCACCUGGAUCCAUGGGCCUACGGGGCUUACCUGGCCUGAAGGGGUCCCCAGGGAUCACAGGUUUCCCAGGAAUGCCAGGAGAAAGUGGUUCACAAGGUCUCAUUGGGGCUCCUGGACUCCCAGGAGCAUUUGGUCUCCCAGGCUCAAAAGGAGAUCAGGGCCAGACAUUUGAAAUUUCUGGUAUCCCAGGACCCAAGGGCCAGCCUGGUGAAUCAGGUUUUAAAGGUGUGAAAGGAAAAAGUGGACUGGUUGGUGAUAUAGGUUUUCCUGGAAACAAGGGUGAUCAUGGAAAAGUUGGUAUUCCUGGAGAUGUUGGUCUUCCUGGCUCCCCAGGACUUCCAGGGAUUGCAGGUAUGAGAGGAGACCCAGGACUUCCAGGUUCUUCUGGUCAUCCAGGGACAACUGGGCUUCCAGGACCCUCUGGAUUAAUAGGACCUAAAGGAUUGCCUGGACCUCUUGGUUUACAUGGCCUAAAUGGGCUUCCAGGCACCAAGGGGACCCAUGGAACUCCAGGAGCCAGUAUUACUGGUGUGCCUGGGCCUGCUGGCCUUCCUGGUCCCAAAGGGGAAAAAGGAACACCAGGAAUUGUCAUUGGAGCUCCAGGGAAACCAGGCCCAAGAGGACAAAAAGGUGGCCGAGGUUUCCCAGGUCUCCAAGGCCCUGCUGGUUCCCCUGGUGCCCCAGGCAUCUCCUUGCCCUCAGUCAUGACAGGACAGCCUGGUGACCCUGGACCACCAGGCCUAGAUGGAGAACGAGGUCGCCCAGGCCCUCAUGGGCCCCCAGGCCCCUCUGGGCCAUCCUCGGAUCAAGGUGACCCUGGAGACCCUGGCUUCCCUGGAAUUUCUGGCCUUCUUGGGCCCAAGGGACACCAAGGAAUUCCAGGUUUCCCUGGGCUCCCUGGAGAACUAGGACUGAAAGGCAUGAGAGGUGAGCCUGGCUUCAUGGGGACUCCAGGCAAGAUUGGGCCACCUGGAGAUCCAGGAUUCCCUGGGAUAAAGGGGAAGGCAGGGCCAAGAGGCUUCUCCGGUCCCCAAGGUGCUCCUGGACAAACACCCAUUGCAGAAGCUGUCCAGGUUCCGCCUGGACCCUUGGGUCUUCCAGGCAUUGAUGGCAUCCCUGGUCUCCCAGGGGACCCUGGCAUUCAAGGCCCUGUUGGUCUUCAAGGCUUCAAAGGUUUACCUGGCAUUCCUGGCAAAGAUGGGCCCAGUGGGCUUCCAGGCCCACCGGGGGCCCUUGGUGAUCCUGGUCUCCCUGGACUGCAAGGCCCUCCAGGAUUUGAAGGAGCUCCAGGGAAGCAAGGCCCCUUUGGGAGGCCCGGAAUACCCGGGCACAGCGUGAGAGUGGGCUACACAUUGGUGAAGCACAGCCAGUCGGAACAGGUUCCCCUGUGCCCCACUGGGAUGAGCCAACUGUGGGUGGGUUACAGCUUGCUGUUCGUGGAGGGGCAGGAGAAAGCCCACAAUCAGGACCUUGGUUUUGCUGGCUCCUGCCUACCUCGCUUCAGCACCAUGCCCUUCAUCUACUGCAACAUCAAUGAAGUGUGUCACUAUGCUAGGCGCAAUGAUAAAUCCUACUGGCUCUCUACCACUGCCCCCAUUCCCAUGAUGCCUGUUGGCCAGACCCAGAUUCCCCAGUACAUCAGCCGCUGCUCUGUGUGUGAGGCUCCUUCUCAAGCCAUUGCCGUGCACAGCCAGGACAUCACCAUCCCACAGUGUCCCCUGGGCUGGCGCAGCCUCUGGAUUGGGUACUCAUUCCUCAUGCACACUGCUGCUGGGGCGGAGGGUGGAGGCCAGUCCCUGGUCUCCCCUGGCUCCUGCCUCGAGGACUUUCGGGCCACUCCUUUCAUCGAGUGCAGUGGUGCCCGAGGCACCUGCCACUACUUUGCCAACAAGUACAGUUUCUGGUUGACGACAGUGGAAGAAAGGCAGCAGUUUAAGGAGGAGCCAGUGUCUGAAACACUGAAAGCUGGCCAGCUCCAUACCCGGGUCAGCCGCUGCCAGGUGUGUAUGAAAAGACUGUAGGGUGGCAUCUGCCACUCUGCCCCUUGCCCUCUCUACCCCUUCACAAUGGCCACCUCACAAACCUGAACAGUCUGAAGAAGGAAGGCCUGAGCCCUUUACCUAUCUGUCAAAUUGUACAUUGGAGUCUCACUUGGGCUGGACUGCUAGACAUUAGCCACCCAACCCUCUGCCCCAGUAGAUGAGCUCACCCUGCUGAGAUCUGCUGUUCCAAGUUUCCAUCAACCUGGUGCUACCAUUUGAUUUGGAUAUUUGUGUGACUAUUCACGGCUACCUCAGAAAGCUUUGCUGGGCCACCACUUUCUCAGACUGCUAGCCUUCCUCACUGUCUUGAUCACAAAAGUCUUCACAAUAGUUAAGAAGUCAUUGCGUUAUGACCAGAGGCCACCACACAUUAUUUGGUUAAACCAGAGCCCAGUGUUUCCACAUUAAAAAUUUUUUUUUUCUGACUGAACAUUCAUAGGUGGCUGAAUUCUGCACAAAGCAAGCCCUCACUAUUCAAGGCAGUCCCCUAUAUCUAGGCAGGCAACAAAACUAGAAUGAGGUGCCAGUCAGUAGCCUGGGGUGACUCUGGCUCCUUCCAGAGUAAGCAAGACUGGGCCCCAUUUUGCUUAAGGAGGCAUGAAGGCCAGCAGCUGAGAGGGGCCCAAUAACUCUAUAAGGUCCCACACAAAUCACUUCCUCCAGGCCGGCUGUCCCCCAGCCAGAGACAGAGAACUUGGCCCAGUCCAAAGGAGAGCAGAGGAUGUAACAUAUGUGGCCAAACCCAUAAAAGGAAAUGAGAACCACAACCCUCUUUCCUGGGCCAGGGGUAGAGGGUGGAUGGGUAAGGAGGUGUGAAUUUUGCUUUUGACUCCAGGAACAAAAGGGUAAAUCUUGUGUCCUGAUUUCUCAGAAGUCCCUGUUUAUUCCAAAUGCCAUCCAGAUGUGUGCAAUGUGGCAAAUUGAAGCUGCAGUGUUUGGGUUCCUUUGCAUUCUGAAGCUAUUAGAGACUUUCCAUUAAAUUGGUCAUCUGACUGCUCUUUUACAGGUAGCCUUUUAAACUAUUUUGAUAUGUUUUUCAAACCUCAUAAAAAUCUAGCACAUUCCUCUCAUUAGCAGUGAGCAGACUAAGCAAGCCUGAGUUGGCCAUAAAGUAUACUGUAUACUGUUUGUGGGAUUUGUUUUAGCCAUUUUCUUUAAUUAUCAGUUUCCCAAAACAUUCUUUGCUAUGUUGACAUGAGACAAUACCUUCCAGGUGAUUCUGUUCCCUUAAGUAUUAUGUAAACUGUGCCAACACAAAGCAUAAUCAGUAUAAACUGAACUACUGUCACCUUCAUCUCCUAGCUGAGUAAUAAGCAUAGUAUCAACUUUGUACAUAGCAAAUAAAAUGAAUAAAACCUGAA